GAACUCACCGUGUCUACGGGCCAAAGGUAUCAGGACUUCGAAAUGUGUCUGUGGAUAUUUUACAGGCCAGAUCAGACGCAAAAAAUUUAUGCACUCAUCUUCACAAGUACUUUGUAAAAUUAAAACUUAUGAAAAUAGACAUGUAACUUUAGAUUAUGCGAUUCACUCACAACACAUAAAAGAUCCAAAUGCAUCACCCAUUGUUAUAUGUCAUGGUCUGUUUGGCAGUAAGAUCAAUUGGAGAUCGUUAGGUAGAAGAAUAAAUACAAUGAGUGGUAGAAAGGUUAUAACCUACGACUGUGUGAAUCACGGAGACAGUUCUCACCAUGAUGAAAUGUCAUAUAAUGAUUUAGCCCAUGAUUUGAUCGCGUUGUUAAAUCAAUUAGAUAUAUCAAAAGUUUUAUUGAUAGGUCAUAGUAUGGGUGGAAAAACUGUAAUGACAUCUGCUUUAACUUAUCCUGAUAGAGUUGAAAAAAUUAUCAGUGUUGAUGCUGCACCUACAAUAUCGAAAUCUUCUGGAGAGGUUUUACGUUAUCUAAAUGCUAUGAGUGGUAUGGAUAUGUCAAAAAUGAAAACAAAACAGGCUAUUGAAGAGGAAUUACACAAAGUUGUCAAAUCAAGAUCUGUUCUUAUGUUUUUAAUGCAAAAUUUGAAGCCAUUGGAUGACGGCUUUUACUGGAGAAUCAACUUAAAGGCCAUGGCUAAAAACUACCAUUACACACAUGCCUUUCCUGUGUUUAAAGAUGGUGUACAAUUUGAUAAACCAGCUUUAUUUGUUGGUGGUGAAAGAUCUUACUAUAUUACGGAACCCGAGAUAUUAAAGUGAUCUUGGACUUAUAUUAUCGAGCUUAAAAAGUUGGUUAACAAGUCAUCAAUGCAUAAAUAUAAUAUCUAUGCAUUGAGAAAGUUUGAAAGUUUUAUAAUAAAUGUCCAACAUCAUUUUAUACCUCAGAAUCUUUUGAAGGUAAUGACAAGAACUCUAUAAUGUGAAAAUAACCUUUGUAACAUAUUGAAAACUAUACCAGGUUUCCUGUCUUCAUGUUUAUGAUCCAAUAUGAUAAAUAUAUGCAUCUUUCUUUUGAUUUUCUAAGCUUUAUUGUAAUUUGUGUAACAUAGGGUUAAUGAAUUUCCUUAUAAGUGGAGGAGCCAGUAUAGUGAAUAAGGAGGUUCCCCCAUUGUCUAUAUAUAGCACUAUUCAAAUUCUGUUAUAAUGGAGAGAAAAUAGGGUUAAUGAAGCUAUCUAAGCUAUCCCUGAAAAAUAUGCCCAUUGUCCACCACUAGCCCUCUGGUUUCGGUAACCCUGUGACAUGUAAACAUCACCCUGUAACAUGUACACAUCACCCUGUGACAUGUACACA